AUGAAUCUCCAUAGUAUGCACCAGCAGCGACAGCUACAAGCCUCAAAAUCUGCAACACUGCGGACAUUUUGGACCAUUUGUGGAACUUGUGGAACCAAAUAUCAGUACUACCAUUCAAUGUUGAAGAAAGCUGUUUGCUGUCAAAACUGCUUGAAGCCCUUUAUAGCGCAUCUUUUAACUGAGCAACAUGUUCCUUUUUGUCCAACAAUUCAACAGUCAGCUGCGGUGUGGAAAAAUGCAGGAGUAUUUUCCGAAAUUAGAUCGCUUCAGAAGUUUGAACCUGGGCAAGUCUGGGCUCUCUAUAGUGAGACAGACAAGUUCCCCAAUUACUAUGCCUUCAUAGAGAAAGUUGAUCUCAAGAAUAGUGAAGUACAAGCAAGAUGGCUUGAAGGUUGUCCUGAGGAAGACGCGGAGAAAAGACUGGUAGAAGAUCGGACUGUUGGGUGCGGAACCUUUAGGGUUGCCACCACCCUUGGUAUCAUGACUUACACCGACACGAAACACUUUUCUCAUCCUGUGCGUGCCAUAUUCACUGGUAGAAGAAACUCUUAUGAAAUAUAUCCUAGAAAGGAUGAAGUUUGGGCCCUUCUCAAGGGAUGGGAUAUUGGUUGGAGUUCAGAUGCCGACAACCACAAAAACUACAAGUAUGAAGUUGUUCAGGUCCUCUCUGAUUAUACAACAGGCACUAGCAUAACUGUCGUACCGCUUAUCAAGAUAAAAGUCUUUGCAAACUUAUUUAUGCAGUCUAAAGAGGCAACUCCAUACCUGAUACCUCAUGGUGACACAAUAUGGUUCUCGCAUUGUGUCCCUUACCAUUUGAUGAGUGGGACUGAAGACGAAGGCAUUCUAGAAGGAGCUCUUGAACUUGAUCCUGCAGCGCUUCCCCUUAACUUUGAAGAGGCUAUUUCCUGUGUUGUUCCGGAAAGCAGGUCAGUAAAACGCUCGGAGUUUGAUGCCGAAUGUGCUGGUCCAUCGAGAGGGGAUAAAUCUCGGAAGGGAUCCGUGGGAGUUGAGGAGAGGCAACAUGCUACAUGCAGGAAUGCAGUGAUCUUUGCAAAGACACCAACGGUAGAGCACAGACAGAGUAACACUCCAUUUUCUGUUGAAGGUACAGAUGUUGACGAGGAAUCUGAUCAUGUUGUUCAAGAAGAAGUACUAUGCCCUGAAUUUUUUAACUUUGUCCAACUUAGAGAUGUAAAUCAGUUUAGAGCGAACCAGAUGUGGGCUGUCUACGACAGUCAAGGCGGUAUGCCAAGAUCUUAUGCACGAAUUACACAGGUCAAAAUAGCCCCGAAGUUUAUGGUACACUUCAUUCGGCUGGAGUUUGAUCCCACAAAUAAAUCGGAGGUGGCAUGGUCAUGUGGGAAACUACCUGUUGCUUGUGGACAGUUUAAGCGUGGAAAGUCAGAAAUAGCAAAAGAAACUCGUAUGUUCUCUCAUAUUAUUUCCCGUGAGAAAGGCAAGACGAGAAACUUUUACGAGAUAUAUCCUAGGAAAGGUGAAGUUUGGGCCCUUUUCAAGGGAUGGGACAUUGAUUGGAGUUCAAAUUCAGGCAAGCACAUGGACUUCGAGUAUGAAGUUGUUCAAGUUAUCUCUGAUUUCACAACAAGCGAUAGCAUCAUUGCCGUGCCACUUGUAAAAAUAAAAGGCUUUGUUAGCUUAUUUAUGAUGGGGUCUAAAGAGACAACUCCAAAGGUGAUAACUCGGGAUAACACACUGAGAUUUUCACAUUGUGUCCCUCAUCAUUUGAUGUGCGGUACUGAAAGAGAAGGCAUUCCGGAAGGAGCUCUUGAACUUGAUCCUGCAGCGCUUCCCUCUAACUUGGAAGAGGCAUUUGCUUCUUUUGUUCCGGAAAGUAGUGCAGUAAAAGACCAGGAGUUUGAUUCCAAAUAUACUGGAAAUGAUUCUCGGGAGGGAUCCGUGAGAGCUGGGGAGAGGCAGCAUGCGACAUGCAUGAGUUCAGGGAUCUUUUCAAAGACAUCAAAGGAAGAGAACAGAGGGCAUAACACUCGAUCUGCUGAAGAAGGUACAUAUUUUGACGAGGAAUCUGCUGACAUUGUCCAGGCAGAAUAUGAAUGUCCUGAUUCAGAAUUCUAUGAAUUUUCAGAAAUAAGAUUGCUUCGCAAGUUUGAACCUGGGCAGAUCUGGGCUAUCUAUAGUGAUACUGAUAAGUUCCCCAAUUACUAUGCCAUCGUAAACAAUGUUGAUCUCAAGAAUGAUAAAGUAGAAGUAAGAUGGCUUGAUGUGUGUCCACCCCGAGAGGAGGAGAAAAGAUUGGUAAAAGAAAAUUGCCCCGUGGGGUGUGGAACGUUUAAGGUUUCCUUCGUAUAUGGUCUUAUGACUUACACCGGUACAGAUUCGUUUUCUCAUCAUGUACUUGCUAGGUCAACUGGCAGAAUAAAUGAAUAUGAAAUAAUCCCCCGCCUUCAUGAGAUCUGGGCAGUUUACAAGAACUGGAGUGCUGGAUGGACUGCACGAGAUUUUGAAAAUUGUGACUAUGAAUUGGUGGAGAUAGUUGGCCAGAUUGAUAAGUCCAUACGAGUUCAGCUGUUAAGAAAGGUGGAUGGAUACAUGGCAGUAUUUAGAAGAGAGGAAGCUGUGAAAACAGUACGUAAGGAUGAGUACCCAAAGUUCUCUCACCUGAUCCCUUGCUUCCAUUUGACAAAUGAAAAAGGAGGCAAGCUUCGAGGCUGUUUGGAGCUCGAUCCUUUUUCGGUGCCGGAGAAGUUUCUCGGCACCGACUCAGCCUGCCUGGAGUUCUCCAUAUGUAGCGGUGAUGUUAUUCUGUACUCGUUUAGUUUCCUGCAGCUACUGCCUGUAAGAUCUAGCUGGGGACUUUUGGCAUUUGCUCCAGUUGCUGUUCUUAGUCCAUUGUUGAACUGA